CAGUAAAGCUAAUACAAUUUAGUUUGAUUGAGAAGACUUUGUUUUCAAUUCUUGAUAAUGAGUAGUACACUUAUGGCUCUGAGCCCUUUUACUGUGUUCACAUAUUUUACCCUUUUCUCUCUUCUGACCAUUUCUUGUUCUUGCUUCAACCCUAAACGUCUCAAUGUAUCAGAAGUUCAGUCAGAUUCCGACUGGUCACCUGCCGGAGCUACUUGGUAUGGAAGCCCUGAUGGUGCUGGAAGUGAUGGUGGAGCUUGUGGGUACACAAAUGCCGUAGAUCAGCCACCAUUCUCCUCCCUAAUAGCUGCUGCUGGCCCUUCUCUAUACAAAUCAGGCAAGGGCUGUGGAGCUUGUUUUCAGGUAAAGUGCACGGGAAAUAAAGCAUGCUCAGGAAAGCCAGUGACGGUGGUAAUAACAGAUGAGUGUCCAGGCGGACCUUGUCUAUCAGAAUCAGCUCAUUUUGAUUUGAGUGGCACUUCUUUUGGAGCUAUGGCUGUUUCUGGACAAGCUGAUCAAUUGCGUAAUGCUGGAGUUCUCCAGAUUCAAUACAAAAGAGUGAAGUGCAACUAUCCAGGAGUUAAAUUGACAUUUCACGUAGACUCAGGUUCAAAUUCCAACUAUUUUGCGGCUCUAAUAGAGUACGAAGACGGGGACGGAGACCUAAACAGAGUUGACCUGAAGCAGGCAUUGGAUUCAGAUACAUGGCAACCCAUGCAACAGUCAUGGGGUGCAGUUUGGAAGCUCGAUACCGGCUCCUCCUUAGUGGCACCAUUUUCUCUCAAACUUACAGGAGAAUCUGGCCAGACUGUGGUGGCUAACGGCGUUAUUCCAUCUGGUUGGCAGCCCGGAAAAACUUAUCGAUCAGUUGUCAAUUUUAAAGUCUAGCAGCUUAAUAUUUAACAAUUGCUGCACAGCAAGUCAAUUUGGUAGACUUUAUGUUGUGGUCAAGAAGUAAUUAGGAUGGCUAGUAGAAUAAAGUAGAAGACACAAGAAAAACGGGGUUGUUGUGUAUUUUUAAUAUUGAUACCACGCCCCUUGUUAUGGUUUUACGCCCUGUUCCUAAAUUAGUACCUUAUGAGUACUAGUACUGGAUAUUAUUAAUUCAGGACAAUGUUACUACAAUGUUUAAGUUAUAUAAUGAUAAUUUUAUGUGUU